UUAAAAAAUUCCAGGAUAUGAAAAUCUCUGUCGCCACCUUUCUUUCUCAUGCACAUUCUCACUAGUGCUACAAAUUCCUUGCUUUUCUUCAAAUCAUAGUCCAAUUAAAAAAAGAAAAAAUUCCCUACCCCCAAUCAAAAACCCAUCUCAAAUUCACCACCAUCCCAAUCAAUUCCUUGAUAAACCUUUCGCAAUCAAAACCCCCUUUUUUGCCAUCAUCAAAUCUGCUUUCUGCAUAAACCCUGAGUUCCUUUCCCAAAUUCACUCAAAAAUUGAGUAAAUCUCAGCUUUGCUUUUUGGGAUUUGGCAUAUUUGGAGAAUUUGUGAGAUUCCCAGAUGCAAUCUAGCUGGAAAGUGUCAUCGGAAGGGUUUGGUGUUGAAGGGAGGUGUCAGAGUGUUUGAUGAUUGCGCGUGGAGGCAAGAAUUGAAGAGCUAAAUAUUGGCAACAGAGGACGGGAAAAAAGAACCGAAAAAUCAACAAGAGAAAAAAGACAAAAGAUGGACAAGUAUGAGCUUGUUAAGGAUAUUGGUUCUGGGAAUUUUGGUGUGGCUAGGCUUAUGAGGAACAAGGAGACCAAGGAGCUCGUUGCUAUGAAAUACAUUGAAAGAGGACUCAAGAUCGAUGAGAACGUUGCACGAGAGAUUAUAAAUCACAGAUCUCUUAGGCAUCCAAACAUUAUUCGAUUCAAGGAGGUGGUUUUGACUCCAACACAUCUUGCUAUAGUUAUGGAGUAUGCAGCUGGAGGGGAACUCUUUGAAAGAAUCUGUAAUGCUGGAAGGUUCAGCGAGGAUGAGGCCAGGUAUUUCUUCCAGCAGCUCAUUUCAGGAGUCAACUACUGCCAUUUCAUGCAAAUAUGCCACAGAGACUUGAAGCUGGAGAAUACUCUUUUGGAUGGAAGCCCUGCUCCACGUUUGAAAAUAUGUGAUUUUGGUUACUCUAAGUCAUCUCUUCUGCAUUCAAGACCCAAAUCAACAGUUGGCACUCCAGCUUAUAUAGCUCCUGAAGUUCUAUCUAGGCGAGAAUAUGAUGGAAAGCUAGCUGAUGUUUGGUCAUGUGGAGUGACACUGUAUGUUAUGCUCGUUGGAGCUUACCCUUUUGAAGACCAAGAAGAUCCGAAAAACUUUAGGAAGACCAUUCAACGAAUUAUGGCUGUGCAGUACAAGGUACCUGAUUAUGUUCACAUAUCUCAAGAAUGUAGGCACCUUCUUUCUCGCAUAUUCGUUGCUAAUCCGGCUCGGAGAAUUACAAUCAAAGACAUAAAAACUCAUCCAUGGUUUCUGAAGAAUUUGCCUAGGGAAUUAACAGAUGCAGCUCAAGCUGCCUAUUACAGAAAAGAAAAUCCAACCUUUUCCCUUCAAAGUGCCGAAGAGAUCACUAAAAUUGUUGCAGAAGCAAAGACGCCCCCUCCCGUUUCCCGUUCAAUUGGUGGCUUUGGAUGGGGAGGUGAGGAAGAUGAGGAGAAAGAAGAAGAUGUGGAGGGGGAAGUUGAGGAGGAGGAGGAGGAUGAGGAGGAUGAAUAUGAUAAACAAGUGAAAGAGGCACAAGCGAGCGGAGAAUUUCAGCUCAGCUGAGGGCUCUUGUCCUGCAUUCGAAUAGUCUUAGUCCUGAAGUCCAUGAACUGCGGGUGUUUUCAUGAUCGUGUAAAGAUAUGUUAAACUUGGUAGAUUAUGAGAUAUUGUGGUAAAGAGGUUUGUGAAUCGCAUUUAGUGUGAUAGUUCUGUGUGCGUUGCAUGGUGAUGUAAAGACAUAUAGAGCCCUGUUUGGUCAUCUUGCUCGAGGGCUAUGGAGCUCAAGCAUUAGUUUGGCUUUGCGUGCAUAAUAUUCUGUCCAUUUGACUGUUUGCGUCAAUUAAAAUACAUCUUGUCUUCUACAGUUUAGUCGUA